GCGUCUGAGGAGCCUGAGGAGAGAGAGACCCUGGCCCUGAUGGCAGCGAGGGGAGACGGUGAGGACAGUCAGGAUGGACAGACGUACAUAGAGCAAUACACCAGAGGAGUUCUGGAGGUGGAGAAUAUACUGAGCCUGGAGAGACUCAGACAGGCGGUGACGGUGAAGGAAGCUCUGUCUGUUAAAGGGAGAAACAUCAGAAGGAGUUUCAGCACCCCCAACGUACAGCACUCUUCCUGCAGCAAAACUGACCUGACUGGCUGUGAGGAUGGAGACUGGAAGGGUGACUGUCAUCAGGAUGUCUCUGACUGCACUCUCCAGGACGGUGGUUCUCUGUGUGGGACGCCACUCAAAAACAAGACAGAGAAUCACGGUCUGGUACCAGAGAGUCCCACCUUCUUCAACUCUAGCCCGUUCAAGGCCCUCUCUCCCCAGACGCCCAAGUUCCUCAAGUCCCUGCUGCCAGUCAGAGAAGAGAGGAAGACCAAGAGAGUCCUGGAGGCACGACCACUACUGGGACAGGAGAGCUUGCGCUCCUCAUGUGUGGACAGCUCCGUGCUGCUCCCCCCUCCCUGCCACGGCCAUGCCCCCUGGCGCAGGCCUAGAGCGGGCAGCGAAGGCCACCGCACCCCCUUCACCGCCACCCUCACCCCCUCCACCCUCACCCCCAGUACCUGCACCAGCAGACAGCUCAGCCUCACACUGCCACACACCGCUGACUCUGAGGAGGAGGCAGACAUGGAAAUGGCCCUGAGUUUUGGCAUGGGCCCUCAGCACUUCCACAGCUUCCAGUCCUACAUCCCAGUGGACUUUGCCAACUUUGAGGUGUACAAUGCUACCCUGGAGACCCAGGAGGGGGUGGUGUGUGUGGCGGGGGGCAGGGGAGAGCUGAGGGGGGGUCGGGGGGGGGGGGAUAGAGAGGUGGCUCCACGGAGCCCCACCGCCAGCAGCUGCACCAGCGGUUACUUCUCCCACAGUGCCUCGGACGCCACGCUCUCUGACGUGCCCUUCGGCGCCAGCGACAGCUCCGACCAGCUCAGCGCCUCCGCGAUGGCUCAAGAGAGGAAUGACUCUGACCGGGACACCCACCACCUCCACCCCCACGAGACCCCCUCCUUCGACUCCACCCAGACCAGAGGUGCCUCGCCGUGGGGUGACACCCAGACCCCUGCGUGUCCCCCUGGCGUCCCCUCCCAGCCCCUCCCCAUCCCCCAAACCACCACCUCCCCCUCCUCCCCUGUCAGUAUUCCUAACUGCUCGGAGCAGCAGCCCUCCCCGCUGCCCCGCAGGUGUGUCCUCAGCGUCAGCCAGGAGUUUACAGACUUCAAGGGGGCCGACGACGGCAUGGGGGAUCUGGGUGAGCUGGGACACUUCCAGGAAGGAUGGCAGCCUGGGGACGCACCACACAUAUCCUCUGUCCAACAAGAGAAGGAGAAAGAGGUCUCUGACAAACACGCGGUCGUCAUCAACACACAACAACAACAACAACAUACAUCUCACCCCGGUAACGCCCCGCUCCCUCAGAACCACUCCUACCUCCACAACGGCAAACCGUGUGUCAGCAGCGUAGCCAUACCCUGCCCACCCCCCUCCAGCCCCCCAGGCCAACUAGCAGGAGGAGAGCCCCAGAUCCAGGAGCCGAUCCAGGGAGACCUACCUCCAGGGAGCCCCUGUCCCAGCCCUAGCUGCCCCAGCCCCAACCCCAGCAGCACUGAGGCCUCUGGGGACUCCUCUAGCGGGGACGAGGGCUCUGGCUCUGGUUCUCCGGUGGCCCAGCUGCCUGACUGGAUGGCUCCCGGGGAGCAGGUAUGGGUGGGGAAGAGGAGUGGCACAGUGCACUACGUCGGGGGGGUGGAGUUCGCCAAGGGGAUCUGGGUCGGUGUGCAGCUGGACGUGGCUGUGGGCAAGCACAACGGGACAGUCCAGGGGAGGGUUUACUUCCGCUGUCCUCCAGGCUACGGGGUGUUUGUCAAGCCCUCCUGUCUCACUAGAGGACCCCCCUCCAUGGACACCACAGACCCCCAGCCCCUGGUCCGAUAAAAUUCACAAAACUCCCCAAAUUCCCAGUCUUUCCAGGAAUCCCGGUUGGAAGAUUCAUGGAAUCAGGAGGGAAUCAGCAGGAACUCCAGAAUCCUCCAACUAGGAUUUCUGGAAAUCCUGGGAAAUUUGGGAAAGUUACUCUCCACCCAGGACUAUCACCUAAAGGGGGUCCCCAGAUCCAGAACAGUUCCUACUAGACCAGGCCCAGAUCCAGAACAGUCCCUACUAGACCAGGGCCAGAUCCAGAACAGUCCCUACUAGACCAGGCCCAGAUCCAGAACAGUUCCUACUAGAUCAGGGCCAGAUCCAGAACAGUCCCUAAUAGACCAGGGCCAGAUCCAGAACAGGGCCUACUAGACCAGGCCCAGAUCCAGAACAGUCCCUACUAGACCAGGCCCAGAUCCAGAACAGUUCCUACUAGACCAGGGCCAGAUCCAGAACAGUCCCUACUAGACCAGGGCCAGAUCUAGAACAGGGCCUGCUAGACCAGGGCCAGAUCUAGAACAGGGCCUGCUAGACCAGGGCCAGAUCCAGAACAGUUCCUACUAGACCAGGGCCAGAUCCAGAACAGUCCCUACUAGACCAGGGCCAGAUCCAGAACAGUUCCUACUAGACCAGGGCCAGAUCUAGAACAGGGCCUGCUAGACCAGGGCCAGAUCCAGAACAAGGCCUGCUAGACCAGGGCCAGAUCCAGAACAGUUCCUACUAGACCAGGGCCAGAUCCAGAACAGUCCCUACUAGACCAGGGCCAGAUCCAGAACAGUCCCUACUAGACCAGGGCCAGAUCCAGAACAGGGCCUGCUAGACCAGGGCCAGAUCCAGAACAGUUCCUACUAGACCAGGGCCAGAUCCAGAACAGUUCCUACUAGACCAGGGCCAGAUCCAGAACAGUUCCUACUAGACCAGGCCCAGAUCCAGAACAGUUCCUACUAGACCAGGGCCAGAUCCAGAACAGUUCCUACUAGACCAGGGCCAGAUCCAGAACAGUCCCUACUAGACCAGGGCCAGAUCCAGAACAGUCCCUACUAGACCAGGGCCAGAUCCAGAACAGGGCCUACUAGACCAGGCCCAGAUCCAGAACAGUUCCUACUAGACCAGGGCCAGAUCUAGAACAGGGCCUGCUAGACCAGGGCCAGAUCCAGAACAGUUCCUACUAGACCAGGCCCAGAUCCAGAACAGUUCCUACUAGACCAGGGCCAGAUCCAGAACAGUCCCUACUAGACCAGGGCCAGAUCUAGAACAGGGCCUGCUAGACCAGGGCCAGAUCUAGAACAGGGCCUGCUAGACCAGGGCCAGAUCCAGAACAGUUCCUACUAGACCAGGGCCAGAUCCAGAACAGGGCCUGCUAGACCAGGGCCAGAUCCAGAACAGUUCCUACUAGACCAGGGCCAGAUCCAGAACAGGGCCUGCUAGACCAGGGCCAGAUCCAGAACAGUCCCUACUAGACCAGGGCCAGAUCCAGAACAGGGCCUGCUAGACCAGGGCCAGAUCCAGAACAGUCCCUACUAGACCAGGGCCAGAUCCAGAACAGUUCCUACUAGACCAGGGCCAGAUCCAGAACAGUUCCUACUAGACCAGGGCCAGAUCCAGAACAGGGCCUGCUAGACCAGGGCCAGAUCCAGAACAGUUCCUACUAGACCAGGGCCAGAUCUAGAACAGUGCCUGCUAGACCAGGGCCAGAUCCAGAACAGUUCCUACUAGACCAGGCCCAGAUCCAGAACAGUUCCUACUAGACCAGGGCCAGAUCCAGAACAGUCCCUGCUAGACUAGGGCCAGAUCCAGAACAGUCCCUACUAGACCAGGGCCAGAUCCAGAACAGUUCCUACUAGACCAGGGCCAGAUCCAGAACAGUUCCUACUAGACCAGGGCCAGAUCCAGAACAGGGCCUGCUAGACCAGGGCCAGAUCCAGAACAGUUCCUACUAGACCAGGGCCAGAUCCAGAACAGGGCCUGCUAGACCAGGGCCAGAUCCAGAACAGUCCCUACUAGACCAGGGCCAGAUCCAGAACAGUUCCUACUAGACCAGGGCCAGAUCCAGAACAGUCCCUGCUAGACUAGGGCCAGAUCCAGAACAGUCCCUACUAGACCAGGGCCAGAUCCAGAACAGUUCCUACUAGACCAGGGCCAGAUCCAGAACAGUUCCUACUAGACCAGGGCCAGAUCCAGAACAGGGCUUGCUAGACCAGGGCCAGAUCCAGAACAGUUCCUACUAGACCAGGGCCAGAUCCAGAACAGGGCCUGCUAGACCAGGGCCAGAUCCAGAACAGUCCCUACUAGACCAGGGCCAGAUCCAGAACAGUUCCUACUAGACCAGGGCCAGAUCCAGAACAGGGCCUGCUAGACCAGGGCCAGAUCCAGAACAGUCCCUACUAGACCAGGGCCAGAUCCAGAACAGUUCCUACUAGACCAGGGACAGAUCCAGAACAGUUCCUACUAGACCAGGGCCAGAUCCAGAACAGUUCCUACUAGACCAGGGACAGAUCCAGAACAGUCCCUACUAGACCAGGGCCAGAUCCAGAACAGUUCCUACUAGACCAGGGACAGAUCCAGAACAGUCCCUACUAGACCAGGGCCAGAUCCAGAACAGUUCCUACUAGACCAGGGCCAGAUCCAGAACAGGGCCAGAUCCAGAACAGUCCCUACUAGACCAGGGCCAGAUCCAGAACAGUUCCUACUAGACCAGGGCCAGAUCCAGAACAGUCCCUACUAGACCAGGGCCAGAUCCAGAACAGUUCCUACUAGACCAGGGACAGAUCCAGAACAGUCCCUACUAGACCAGGGCCAGAUCCAGAACAGUUCCUACUAGACCAGGGACAGCUGUCAGUGCUCAACAGAACCAGCUCCUCUUCUCUCAAUCUCACCAUCCAUCCUUCUGUUCCACUAGACUUCUGAUCAGACAUGUUCUGUCUGUCAGUAUAAACGUCUGCUUUCCCUUUAGCCCAUCUGACCCGUGUGUUUUAUAAAGGCAUAUCAUUGUUCAAUGUCGUUGUUCACUGAAAGUCAAGUUUUCUACUGCAUUAUUUUAGUUUGAGAGCCUCUAGAUGGAGAGACAUUACCUACAUGUGUUUUUCUAACGUUAGUAUCAUUGAAUCAGCUCAGCAGCUCAUAUUUAUGUUCAGACACCAGAUUUUCCUGUAAUGGUAACAGAGGGUUGUCAUCUGGGGUGUAUGGAUCGAGAAUGUACUACUGUUGAUAACUCACUGAUAUCCGGAUUUGUUAUCGAAGUCACUGUGAUACGUCGUCAGGGGUAACCAAAGAACUAAGGUUUUAUAUCUGCUGUUUAAACUGAUGUCUUAUGUGUGUGUGUGUGUGUGUGUGUGUGUGUGUGUGUGUGUGUGUGUGUGUGUGUGUGUGUGUGUAUGUGUGUACAUAUUAUAUGUGUGUCAAAGUAACGCAUAGUGCCUAGGCCACGAGUCUUCCUGAACUUUUGGGCCAUCAUUAAUUGAUUAAUCAUGAAUAUGAAGAUGUACAGUACAUAUGACUGUGGUUGCCAUGUUGCCCAUGUAGGCUUCAUUAGCCUGUUGUCGUUGGUGGUGGUGGUGGUGUACUGUAACACUGUGGAUUGACAGAUAACCCCACCCCCACCCACUGAAACUAUUGGGACUGUUGCCAUUGCUGACUGACUGAAUCAUGCUUCUUGCACUGGAGUGGAUCAAGACAGUCUUCUGUCUUCAAUUCAGGACAAAUGAAACGUGUACUAUCCUAUCUAUGCGUGUUUCUCAGUUUCUCAACUGUACUACAUUGUGCCUCUCUAGGGGGUGGAAACUGAGGCGUCCAUGUUGGAUCUAUGCUGUGUCAGCUAUCUGAAUGAAGCGACAAGGCUUCCUCUGGGUCAUAUUCACUAGGCACAAAACGGAAGAGUACAUGAACUUGUCCAAUAAGAAACUCGUGUUUUUGUUUUGCGGAACGUUUUGCUACAGUGAACACUAAUGAAUAUGACCCCGGUUGUGAGGCUAACUUCACUGAGUAUACAAAACAUUAAGAACCCAUGCUCUUUC